UGUUGCCUGUGCCACAAGCACGGCAGCUCUCAGCACGCCUUGCGGACAGCCACUUGGGCAUAGCAGAAGAGCAAAAUGCUCCCUGGGGAAACAAGCCUGACCUGUUUGCCGCGGGGCCGUGGCCAGCGCAGGAAUGUGGGUGGUUGGCAGCUGCAGGCAGGUCCCGUGGGGAUGCAGAGCCCUGCUUGCCUUCACUCCUGCCCUCAGCACUCAGGCGCCCACACGAUGCUCCUGCUGCUCCUCCUGCUCCUGGCGACGGCCCACGGCCUGGAAAAGCUCCACUACAAACCAACCCUGGCCAGCACCACCCUGGGGGGCCUGACGACCGCCUCCACCUUUGUGCUGGAGCAGCCCCACUGCAUCUUCACCAAGGAGCUAGGCGGUGCUGUCAUCUGGCUCGUGGUGACCACCUCCAAGGCCGCAGGGAACUUCAACAACAGUGUGGGACCAGGGACCCCCGAGCGGGCCUUCCAGGGCUUCCCCACCAGCACCUCUGCCUACAUGACCCUCAACACCACCCUCAUCAACUACCCCUGCCCCAAACCCUCUGGGGAGAUCACGGUGCUGCGCGUCGGCAGCGAGACCAGCUGUGCCAAGGAUGAGAAGAGACCCACAUGCAACGGCCCCCUGCCCAGCCCUGGGCCGUACCGGGUGAAGUUCCUCGCCCUGGAGGACUCCAAGCCCGUGGCUGAGACAAACUGGUCAGACUCCAUCAUGCUGAAGACAGCCCGGCAGCUCAGCAGCAUCCCCGUGAUGGGCAGCGGGCGCAGCGCCGGCAUGAUCGCCCUCACCUGCAUCCUCUCCAUCCUCUUUGCCAUCCUGCUGGCUGGCCUUGUGGCAUUGCUGGUCUUCUGGGGCUCCGAUGUCUGUGGUGGCAGCAGCACCUUCAGCAAGUCAGAGCCGGUGACAGUGCAGCGGUAUAACACCCACCAUGUCCAGGACCAGACAUCUGGCCGGCUCUGAGCCUCCCCCGCGGCCCUGCGCUGCCUCGCCGCUGCCCUCCCUGCCUGCUCCUGCACUGGCUGCUGCCACCUCGCGCACCCUUGGGUGCCCCGGCAAUUGCACCAUCAGCAUCAGUGAUAGAACACCCACCGAUGCGGGGGCAUGGCCAGAUGUGCCCCAUGGACCAGGGCCCCGGAGAGCUGUGACGGAGCAGAUUAA